AUGGCAUCGAAUGAUGAGGAGCCUGGUGGAAAUGGUCGGGAACCUUCGAAAGAGGCGUCUGACAAAGAUGAAACCUUGAAGUAUCACUUAUUAGGGCCAUCUCUGACGAAGGCGGGUCAGGAUGCUGUUGACCAGCGAAAGGUAUCUGAGAUCAUAUAUGAUGCAUCUAAGGGCUCCAAAUUCUUCCAUCACGAGCAGACCCGGGAUAGGAUUUUAACAGCCAAAAUCGAGCGCAUAUUGAAAGAAAAGGCUCGCCUAGAGAAACUGGACCUGUCGCAUGACCUGAGAAAGGCCGACGAGCUGAUUGCGGAAUUGGAACUGACGAGAGAUCUGUCUCAAUACGUGGUACACGUUGACUGUGAUGCAUUCUUCGCUGCUGUUGAAGAGCUUGACCGGCCUGAACUCAAAACGGUGCCCAUGGCUGUCGGAAAGGGAGUCCUGACGACGUGUAACUACGAGGCUCGAAAGUACGGAUGUCGCAGUGGAAUGGCAUCCUUUGUGGCCAAGAAGCUCUGUCCGCAGCUGAUUUGCCUUCCUCAGAACUAUGAGAAAUACACCGCCAAAGCGCAGGAGAUUCGUGCUAUUUUCGCGCAGUACGAUCCUCUCUUCGAGAGCGCAAGCAUUGAUGAGGCAUAUCUCAACAUCACUUCUUAUUGCACAGAAAACAAUCUAGACCCAGAAGAGGCUGUUGGCCGUAUGCGAGCGGAGAUCUUGGAAACCACGAAGAUCUCAGUCUCUGCAGGGAUCGCGGCCAACGCGAAGAUCGCGAAGAUCUGUUCCAAUCGCAACAAGCCGAAUGGACAGUUCCGUGUCCCAAAUGAGAGAGAUGCUAUUAUGGAGUUCAUGAGAACUCUCCCGGUCCGGAAAGUGAACGGUGUCGGCCGUGUGUUUGAACGUGAACUCGACGCAAUCGGCAUAAAGACAUGUGGUGAUAUUUACCCUCAGCGUGCCCUUUUGACCCGAUUGUUUGGAGAGAAAGCAUUCCACUUCCUGAUUCAGUGCUUUCUCGGCUUGGGCAGAACACAGAUUCAGCCCGUGGAGAACUAUGAACGAAAGAGUGUCGGCACGGAGCGCACAUUCAAUGAAAUCGGCGAUAAAAAAUUACUCCGAGAGAAACUCUGGGAUACGGCGCAGGAACUUGAGAAGGACCUGGCUCGUACAGAGUGCAAAGGUCGCACGUUAGUUCUCAAGGUCAAGCUGGCCACAUUUGAAGUGCUUUCCAGACAAUGUCAGCCACCCAGAGCAGUCUCUCUCGCCAAGGACCUUUACGCAUUCUCACUUCCUAUGCUAGCGAAGCUGGAAAAGGAGAUACCGAACAUGAAACUGCGACUUCUUGGUCUCCGCUGUACCAACCUGGUUAGCACUAAGAAAGUGGAUAUUAACUUCUUUGGCGCAGCAUCGCAGUCGAGUUCUGUCGCUGGCAGAAAGCCUGAUGCAAUGACAGAACAGCAAAUUGGUGCUGAGGAAGCUUUCGAGCAAGCUGCACGCCAGGAAAGGCAAGACGACAUCAACGAGCUGGAGCAGCUCAGCCAGGAAAUUUCCGACACGGAGCAAACGAACAAAGGAGGCGACACGGCUAUACUUCCCAAGUCAGAAAGUCAACCGCAAUUCUGGGAUUGUCCAAUCUGUUCAAGGCCUCAGGUUGCGGAGGAUAAAGCAUUCAAUGAUCACGUUGAUUAUUGCCUAUCAAGGGAAACUAUUAAAGAAGCCGUCCAGUGUACCACUGAGGAAUCUCCAGUGGUCAUAUCGAACACACCGAAGGUAAUGGGACGAAAAAGAAAGGCGACAAAAGAGUCGUCUGACGAACCUCACGACCCACAGCAAAGACGUCUUUUCUUUACAUGA